AUGUCAGAUUCAAAAGAAGAUCGGUUGGCUAAAAAGAGAUUGUCUGAACGACGUCGGAAAGCUCGCAUUAAGAGUGAUCCAGAGCUUUACGCAGUGCACAAAGAGAAAGAUAGACAACGGUAUUAUAAAAGGAAGAAUGAAGGAAAGAUAAAGUCUGUAAGUGAAUUAGAUCCUCGUCAACAACGAAUUUUUAGAGAGAGAAGUAGAAUAUCUUCCAACAAACACAAUUUGAAAAGAAGGCGUAAAGAGAUGAGGUGUCUUGAAGAGGAUUUAAUAAUCGUACCAGAAGUAACCGACAAAACUGACGAUCCUUUGGUGACUUCACAAUCACAAACAAUACGAUCAGAGUUGCUUCAAACUGAAGCAAGUUCCUAUGUUGAUUUGCUACCAUCAAGUUCAUCCGUCGUUUCAUUUCCUUUACCUCAGCGUAUUAAGGCUUAUCGAGGCUCGUCAGCACCAUUGCGUCCGUCUAGUGACGUAAGUAAAAUUUCAAAGCCAUGUACAAGAUCAUCAGUUCGUGUGAUUGAAAAGAAGUUGCCUCCAACUCCAAAAGCUAGCAAGAAACUGAAUACCAAAGUUAUCAUACGUAGACUUAAAUACCGCAUGAACAAAAUAUAUCAAAAAAGAGAAAAGAGAAGGUUGAUCAAUUGA